CCUUCACACACUGGGGAUGGACUUCUUACCACCCCCUCCGUUUAUUUUGGGGGUGGGUGGGCAUUGACAGAUUAACAGAGUUGGAAGGGAACCUGUAGGUCAUCUAGUCCAACCCCCCAAGCAGGAGAGCCGAGGAUAUUUCUGACAGAUGGGCAGUCCGGUCUCUUCUUGAAGCUUGGAGACCCCGGCGAACAGCGUCGCGACAGGAAAACCACUCGCCAAAAUGUGUAGACGGAGAAAUUAAAAUAAAUCUGGAUUAUUAUUUUUUUGGAUGUGUACAUCGCCCUGUUUUUAGUCGGAACCGAAGGCCUGGUCCGAUCGGGGAUAAAAUGGACCUCAUCGGGGGAAUUGAAUCCUGAGCGAUUUGUAGACUUCCUACUUAAGCAGGGAGUUGGACUAGAUGACCUCCAAGCUCUCAGCUGUGAUUCUAGGAUUCUGUAAGGCUCUCCUACUUGAGAAGGAGGGGGUUUGGACUAGAUGACCUCCAAGGUCCCCACCAAGUUUAUUCUGUGAUUCUAUAAGAUCUCUUUUGAUUGGUGACCUGGCCGGAGCCCAAAUGAGGAGAUGGAGGGAUGAGACCCGCCCUUCUUUCCUUCCUCCCCCCCCCCUCUACUUCUGUUCGUUUUCUGACCCGACCAGAGCGAAAGCGAAAAUGCGGAGAAGAAAGCUGGAAGAGCGCGCGUUGUUUCUUCGGGUUGCUCAGUCGAGCCCGGAACGCGGGAGUCAACGGAGUGUCUGCCCGGCUUUCCACGACUCAGAAGAAGCUUCUCGAACCAUUCUCAGCUUGGUUUGCUCUUCCUGUUAGAAGCCCUGAAAAUCGGCGAAGGACCAUUCGAGCGUCGGCAACAUGGGUGCAGCUGAGUCAGUUCAAGACGUGAGGAUCGUCAUGGUCGGCAAAACGGGCAAUGGGAAAAGUGCCACCGGGAACACCAUUUUAGGGAGGGAAGCAUUUAUCUCCAAGAUGGAGGCCAAAUCCGUCACCGCCCAGUGUAAAAAGGAAACAGGUACCCUGCCGGAUAAAAGGACACUGGCUGUGAUUGACACGCCGGGCUUUUUCGAUACCAAAUACUCGCAGGUGGUGACGCUUGCAGAAAUUAGGAAAUGCACGAGCUUCUGUUACCCGGGUCCCCACGUCAUUAUACAGGUCAUCCGUCUGGGCCACUUCAGCAAGGAGGAGAUGGAGGUUGCCCAGCUCAUCAAAAACAUCUUCAGCCUUAAGGCCAAGGCCUACAUGAUCGUCUUGUUCACCCGAAAGGAAGACCUGGAGGGGCGCCCUCUUUCCGAGGUACUUCAAGACGAGAGCGUGGCGGCUCUGAGGGAGCAAAUCGAGAGUUGUGGCAAUCGGUGCCUGGCUUUCAACAACAAGGCCAAAGGGAAGGAACGGGAGGAUCAGGUCAAGGAGCUGAUUCAGAUGGUGGAUGACCUCACGCAACACAACAAAACCAACCCCUACUACACCAAAGACAUGCUGGAAGAGGACAAAAAAAGAGCACCUGCAUGUAUCCUCCUGUGAUCCAGGAGCCCCCUCCUCACCAAUGGAGACCCAUGGAAGAUGCCAUUCAAACACAUCUGGGUCGGAGUAGGUGGCCAUGGCUUUCCUUGGCUGCUUCAUCCCCAAAGGUGCUUUCCCACCCACCCCCACCCCCACAAAAGCCACUGGACUUCAUUUUUUCCUUGAAGAGGUUUUGCUUCUCAUCCCAGAAGCUUCCUGAGUUUCUGAAGAAGCUUCAGGGAUGAGAAGCGAAACCUCUUCAGGGAAAAUGCCAAGAAAGGCCCAGUGGCCUUUUGUGAAAAAGCAUCUAUGGGACAGCCAUGACCCGGAGGUUUGGGAACCCUAGAGUGAAUCAGAAUAGAGCUGGAAGGGACCUUGGAGGUCUUCUAGUCCAACCCCCUGCUCAAGCAGGAAACCUAAUACCAUUUGAGACAAGGGCCUGUCCAAUCUCUUCUUUAAAAAAAACUUCCAUCACUGGAACACCCACAACUUCUGAUGGCAAGCAGUUCCACUGGUUAAUUGUCCUCACUGUCAGAAAAUUCCUCCUUAAUUCUAGCUUGCUUCUCCCCUGGAUGAGUGUCCAUCCAUUGCUUCUUGCCUUGCCCUCUGGUGCUUUGGAGAAUAGGUUGGUCCCCUCUUCUUUGGGGCAGCCCCUCAAGUACUGGAAUGUCGCUAUCAUGUUUCUCCCCCACCCACCCCGUCUCUCCAUUGCUCUUCUCUCUCUAUCCCAGCAAAGGAUCCCUCUGUUAAAGUAGUGAAGUUUGCAGCUAAUACAAGGAUGAUUGGUUUCAGUCAUUCGAGACAACAACAAAUCUGCAGACAGACGGGAAGUUGAACAAUUGACUCUGGGAUGGGGCCAGAACAAUCUUGAUUCCUGGGUCCAGUUUUGGUCACCACACUAUUAAAAAAAGAUAUUGAGACUCUAGAAAGGGUACAGAGAAGAGCAACCAAGAGGAUUAGGGGCCUGAAGAACGGUUACAGGAACUGGGCAUGGUGAAGAGAAGGACCAGGGAGGACAUGAUAGCAGUGUCCCAAUAUUGGAGGGGCUGCCACAGAGAGGAGGGGGUCAAACUAUUUUCCAAGGCACCUGAAGGCCAGACAAGGAAUAACGGAUGGAAACUGAUCAAGGAGAGAUUCAACCUGGAAAUAGGGAGACAUUUCCUGACAGCGCAAUCAACCCAUGGAACAGAAGUUGCCUUCGGAAGUUGUGGGAGCUUCAUCACUUGAGACUUUGAAGAAGAGAUUAGACUUUUCACAAUUCAAAGCACACCAACGGCAUCUCCUCGAAUGGUGACGACAUGUCUCCAACCAAAUUGCCAAGCUUGGAGCUGAGCCCCACAGCCCAACUCCUGCACCAAGCUACUUACAUUCAAAUACAUUUCAGAGACUGGACUGCCAUCUGUCAGAAAUGGUAUAGUAGGGUCUCCUGCUUGGGUGGGGGUGGGGGGUUGGACUAGAUGACCUCCAAGCUCCCUUCCAACUCUGUUAUUCGAUGUAUGCUCAAAACUGUAGAAAUAAUGGUAGAUUUUAGAAGCAGCCCUCCGAUUCUACCACCUCUUAACAAUACUGGACAACGCAGCGUCAACAGGAAGGACCUUCACGUUUCUGGGUUCCGUGAUAUCUCAGGACUUAAAAUGGAUGCCUAACAUCAACCAUGUCAUCCAAAGAGCACAACAGACUUCCUGCGCCAACUCAGGAAGCUCAGGCUGUCCGAGGAGCCGCUGAUCAGAGUUCGACAAAGUCUGUCAUUUGCACCUCUGGAAGGAUCUGGUUUGGCCCGAACAAGACGGACAUGGAUUUUAACGGAUAGUUAGAACCGUUUAGAAAAAACCAUCGGCAACCAGCCUGCCUCCCCUUGAGGGCCUGUAGGCUGAACGGGCCAGAAAGAGGGCUUCUGAGAAAACAUCUAUACAGGCCCCCUCGCAUCCCUGCACAGAAACUGUUUCGACGUCUCGAGAUGACGCUGUAGUGCAUCGCAUAGCAAAACAACCAGACACAAAGUUUUUCCCCUCGGUGCCAUUGCUCUGCUAAACAACCAGCUCUCAACAGUGUCCUAAGCCCUGGGAAGCCAAACUACCUACGUUAGUAGAGCUGUAUCCCCUAUUAUCCUUCUUAUCUUUCCUAUGACCUACUUCCUUGGCUUCUUACGACUAUAAUUUUGCUGUUUGCAUCUCAGGAUGUAUGCCGAUGGCUUUUAUUUCGUAUCCUACUGCUUACUUCGUAUCCUAUCACUACUUGUAUCUUCUGAUUUAUGAUGGUUGUAUUUUAUGAUUAUGAUCAUGAUUUAUCACUUGUUGCUUGUAUGUAGACUGAGAGCUUAUGCACCGGAGACAAAGUCCAAUCACACUUAGCCAAUAAAGAAUUUAUUCUACAUUC